AUGUAUAGAGAGAAACUCGAAGGUGAAAAAAUGAUGGAGAACAUUCGGGUGAGAAUGGAACGAAGGAGGAACAGGAUUGGUAGUGCCGUGGGGCAGACCAAGCACCUUCUACAGGUGGGAAACACAACCGAAGAAUCUCGACGUGUUUACGCUUUGGCUCAGAAGCAGGAUGCAGGCCCUGAUAAGGCAGAACAGGGAGCUAAGGAGGUCCUGAGGCCCCCCAAUGAGCUGUUCGGGAAGUGCAGAAGGCUGCAAAGCUGGCCAGGUCUUGCCAGGUGGCUCAGAGUCAGCCUGAGUCUUUACAAGCCGGGAGCUGGAGCCAGUCCAUCCAGGCAGCGCCUGACACAUCCAGGCAAGUGGGCCAAGUCCCCGAGGCUGUCCCUGGGACCAGAAGGUAUAACCAGAGGGAAGCAUGGAUUUAAAUUCCAGGGCAUAAGACAAAAGCUUAUCAGAUCUAAGAAGAGGGAGCUGAAAAUGAGUUUUUAUAAAUGCUUGAAGGACACCCGUCUCAAACUGAACCACAAAUAA